AUGACAGAAAUCGAAGAAGUCCCAGCCGACAACGGAGACUACAUGAUCAAACCCCAAAGCUUCACACCCGCCAUCGACACCUCCCAAUGGCCCCUCCUCCUCAAAAACUACGACCGCCUCAACGUCCGUACCGGUCACUACACACCCAUCUCCUCCGGCCACUCACCCCUCAAGCGUCCUCUUUUGGACUACAUCCGUUACGGUGUCAUCAACCUCGACAAACCCUCGAACCCUUCUUCUCACGAGGUCGUUGCUUGGAUCAAACGCAUCCUCCGCGUCGAGAAGACAGGACACAGUGGAACUCUUGACCCUAAAGUCACGGGAAAUCUCAUUGUCUGUAUCGACAGAGCCACGAGGCUUGUCAAGUCCCAGCAAGGUGCGGGUAAAGAGUAUGUCUGUGUUGCUCGUCUUCACUCUGCUGUCCCUGACGUGGCGAAAGUGGCCAGGGCGCUUGAGUCUCUUACCGGAGCUGUCUUUCAGAGACCUCCUUUGAUCUCUGCUGUGAAGAGACAGCUCAGGAUUAGGACGAUUUAUCAGAGUAAGUUGCUUGAGUAUGAUGCGGAUAGGCAUUUGGUUGUGUUUUGGGUUUCUUGUGAGGCGGGGACUUAUAUUAGGACUAUGUGUGUUCAUUUGGGUUUGCUUCUUGGUGUUGGUGGGCAUAUGCAAGAGCUUAGGAGGGUUAGGUCUGGGAUCUUGGGUGAGAAUGAUAACAUGGUUACUAUGCAUGAUGUUAUGGAUGCCCAGUGGAUGUAUGAUAAUUACAAGGAUGAGAGUUAUCUCAGGAGGGUGAUUAUGCCUCUUGAGGUGAUUCUCACGAGUUACAAGAGGCUUGUGGUGAAGGACUCUGCUGUUAAUGCGAUCUGUUAUGGUGCUAAGUUGAUGAUUCCGGGGCUGCUGAGGUUCGAGAAUGAUAUUGAUGUUGGCACUGAGGUUGUUUUGAUGACGACUAAAGGUGAGGCGAUUGCUGUGGGGAUUGCUGAGAUGACUACGUCUGUGAUGGCUACUUGUGAUCAUGGUGUGGUGGCUAAGAUCAAGAGGGUUGUGAUGGAUAGGGAUACUUAUCCGAGGAAGUGGGGUUUGGGGCCUAGGGCUUCGAUGAAGAAGAAGUUGAUUGCUGAUGGGAAGUUGGAUAAGCAUGGGAAGCCUAAUGAGAAGACGCCUGUUGAGUGGAGUAGGAACGUGGUUUUGCCGACUGGUGGUGAUGCUAUGAUUGCUGGUGCUGCUGCUGCUCCUGAGAAGGUUGAUGUUGUUGCAGCUAUUGAGGCAAAGGCUGAGAAUGGAGAAGUGAGCAAGCGGAAGCAUAAGCGUGAUGAUAGCGGUGACAGCCCUGCUCCUGUGUCGACCAAGAAGGCUAAGACCAAAGAUGUUGAAGGAGGUGAGGUUGAAGAGAAGGUGAAGUCUUCCAAGAAGAAGAAGGACAAGGCAGAUGGGAAAGAAGAAGAGGAAGCCAAGUCUGAGAAGAAGGAGAAGAAGAAAAAGAAGGACAAGGAGGAGGAUAAAGAAGAGGUGGCAACACCAAAGUCAGAGAAGAAGAAAAAGAAGAGCAAGGAGUCUGAUGAAGCUGCUGCUGCUGAUGCUGAAGAAUCAGCAGCAAAGAAGAGUGAGAAGAAGAAAAAAAAGAGCAAGGAGACUGAUGAAGCUGCUUCAGCAGAGAAGAGUGAGAAGAAGAAAAAGAAGGAGAAGAAGAAGAAAAGCAAAGACAGCGAAGAUGAGGAAUAG